UUAAAUUUUCUCCCACAGUGAGACUGAGGUGCCGGUGGUCCACGAGAAAAAUCUCCGCAGUUACAUGGUUGCUUUUUCUUUUCCCAACCCCAGCACUUUAAGUUUUAACCUUUAUUCCACGAACAUGUCGACUGAAAAUAAGCCAAGCAAUCACCACAACAUAUCAGUAGAACUUUUCAUACCUUUGAAAUGCGACAGAAAACAAUCUGUAUGCACUGUUCAUACAAACCGAGCUAAUAAAUAGAUCUCGGGAAGCGCAUGUGGGUGUUUCUGAAAUCAGUGUAUUAGUCUUGGCUGGACAUGGUUACUUUCUGACCUGAACUGUGGACUUGUCUCUGAAGGCCUCCGUCUCCUGUACUUUUUGAUUGCUCAAGCACUUUGAUAAUAUUUUACGGCGAAUUAUAAUGGCUUCCAGAUUUGAGGAGGAGGAGACUGUGGAUGGACCCGUUUAUAAUUUAGGCAAAGGAACCACAAGCAUUCAUGUCGAAGCCCUUGAUGGCCUCGUCCAUGUAAAUUCCCUAUUUACGUUAGCUGUAUUUGUUGGUUUGACAAUUUCUCCUGGCGAUGGAGUAUUAGUGGAAAGUGCAAAUUGUUUAGCAGGUGAAGACAUUUCAAGAAACCUUAUGACAUUCCAGGUAGUGUCAUUCAGUUCAUUUCUGUUCUCCAGCUUGGUUGCACAGGGAUUGAAGCAAGCCAUAGUUCUGAUCGAUAGCAACAAUGUUAAGAUGAUCUUCAAGGCUUAUAUCAACAACACCUUUCUAAGAGUUGGGAUGCUUUUAUCUGCAAUAGGUUCAGUUUGUGGGUCUAUUUUUCUGAUGCUGGCUCUAAUGGAUUUGAUUCAAAUAAAACUUGGAACCCUUUCCUGUGGAAGUGGUCGGUCUAUAGGAGCAGUUGUACCUCUUUUCAUGUUAGUACCAACAGCCUUGGUUAUCUACAUUUGCAUUGUUUCGUAUGCUUUCUUGCAUUAGGUCGCUUGUAUUUUUUACAAUGAAAAGAGUUCAGAAUAGGAGGUCACAUUUAUCAUUGGUUUUUUUAUUAGAAGGCUGCUAUUUUCUGUAUUAUAUAUGCCACAUACUCUGUUCUUUUCAUGUGAUAUGUUUUCUUUCAGUUGGAAUAGAGGGGAUCCCAGCUUUUAGUAUGGUAGACCUCCUACUGUAUUUAGUUUGAGUAGUUUUUUAAACUUCAUAUAAAAAAAGACAUCUGUAGUCUGUUGUGUUCUGGUGGAGUUGUAAAGUUGAUGCCUAUUGUGGAGAGAGUACGGUUUGAUUGCGGGUCAUGAGACCAUUAUUCACAUAUUCAUAGAAGGUGAUUACUGUAAUCUAUAUGACAUAUGUUGUAUUUGAAUAUUAACUAAUUUUCACAUGAGGUGUUUAUGGCAACCAUAUAAAAGGCAACCAAUAUAAUCAACGACAGAUCUUUCUGAUCA